AUGAGCUUUUCCCUUCCUCUGGGUUUUGAAGCCUUUGCUGCUGAUAUUACAAUACUUGAUAAUGAGGAUCAAGCCCGCUCUCUCCAGAAUGACUCGGCUUGUGGCCUGUGGAUAGGAGAGGGAAUGGAGACCACACCACUUAUCACUGCGACUUAUGAUGGAUGCUACAUAAGGAAGGAGGAUGAAGACUACGUGAUGACUGUGAUAGUUGACAGACUUGAUGAUGGUGAAUUGGAUCAUCACAAAAGGGAUAUAAAGUGUCCCAUUCAACCAGCUUUGGAUGCCCCAAGUGCCAGCGACUGUGCCGCUUUCGAUAGAGGUGACCGCUUGGCCUGUGCCGAUAACUCAGUCUCCAGGGAUGUAUGUGAGGGGAUGGGUUGCUGCUUCUCUCCUGGUGAUCCUUCUCUUCCUUGCUACUUUGGAAACAAAGUGACAGCCCGAUGCACAAGUGAUGGCCAUGCUUUGGUUGCCAUUUCAAAAGACGUGACUGUUCCUUCCUUGAUCUUGGACUCUGUACAUGUUGUUAAUGUGGACUCCACUUCAUGCCCUGGACUGAGCAUUUUAAAGACUUCAGCUUUUGUAGCGUUCGUGUUUCCUCUAUCAUGUGGUGGAAAGCAGGUCUCUGGGAAUGAGAUGGUUUAUGAAAAUACCUUUGAGGCUACAAAGGAAACCAGAACAUGGCAAGGAGUUUCAAUCACAAGAGACAGCGCUAUGAGGCUAAUGGUUCGAUGCCACCACUCUCAAACUGCUGCUGCCCCCCUGAUGGUUGAAGUGGUCACACUCCCACCACCUCCACCCAUAUCCACCACAGGACCUCUGUUCCUGGAGAUGAGAAUAGCUAAAGAUCCACAGUACAGCUCGUAUUACCGGGAUACAGACUAUCCUCUAAUCAAAGGCCUCCGAGAUCUGGUUUUCUUAGAGGUCAGAAUACUAAGGAGAAAAGACCCAAGCUUGGUUUUGAUCUUAAAUGACUGCUGGGCCACACCAUCCUCAGACCCCACCCAACAAAUGCAGUGGUCUAUUCUUGUUGAUGGCUGCCCUUCUGCAGAUGAAGAUAUAAAUUACCUUACUCAGUUGUCUCCUGUUGGAACAGAUAUUGAUUUCCCAAAUCAUUACAAGCGCUUCGUUGUCAGCGCCUUUAUUUUUGUUGAGCAGCAAACCUACACAGCUUUUGGUGAAAAGGUUUACUUCCACUGCAGUGCAUCUGUGUGCAUCCCAUCUGCUGGUAACCCUUGCGCAUCAUCAUGCAGCACACGGCAGAAGCGAGCUGCGAAGGCUACAUUGGAGCAGUUCACUGUAUCAAAAGGUCCUGUGAACUUCAUCACAAUUGAAAAAUACCCAAAUGUUCAGGAUAACAUGUCUGUUGAGAUGGAAAACAUGCUUGAGAUGGAAAUGCCUAUGAAUCCUCAAGAAUUUUGGGAUCUGGAUAUGCUGAAUGAGACAGAUGACAGUUUCGUAGGUGCCAAAGAAGGACCAAUUGACAGGGACUUGUUUGAUGCUGACAAACUAAUGCCCAGAAGAGUAAAAGAUGACGCCAAUGCAAAGUUCGAUCUCUUGCUGUGGUUGAGAGGAGCAGCUGUUGGAGGAGGCAUCUUGUUGGUGGUGGUUACCAUUCUGGGCAUCUGGAAGUGUCACAGAAGACCAAGACCCGCAAUGCAUACUGUCAAAAUUUAA